UAUGGACGGCCUCCGCGCCUCCGCCGCCUUCUGGACGCACCUGCGCACGCUCUGCCUCGACCAGUUCCCCUGCGGCAUCGGGAGCUGGAAUAAAUCCCGUUUCUCCCAACCGAAAGCCAAAGCCACGCAGCGCUUUGGGCAGCAACAGAUGAGCCUGGCUCUGUGUGACCAGCUCAUCCCUCCCACCGAAGAGACCGUAGAAGCGCUCACAGAGUUUCUGAGAAGCCCGGGCUCCCCAUGGGCUCUGCCCCCCAACUGCAUCCCUGAGGACCAGCAGCUGAGGGAGCUGGCGGUGCGGACUCCAGAGGUCAUCCAAGACAGCUUCAUCUUCUCCUACUUCAGAUCGCUCAAGAUUGUGAAUAAAGGGGUGACUGAAAUUGAUGCCAAUUUGUUAAGAUUUCCCAACCUGGAAGAGGUCAUCCUGAGUGCCAAUCACAUCAGCAGGAUCAACUCCACCAACCUCCCUCCGACACUGAAGGUGCUGGAACUUUGUGGCAAUGAGGUGGACAGCUUGAAGGACCUGUGUGCCCACCCUCCUCCAGAGCUCCAGCAUUUGGGCCUUGGUCAUAACUGCCAGCUGGGCUCCUCUCAGGAAGACUACUUCACAGAUGCUUUCUGGCCGAAGCUUGUCUCUCUCGACUUGAGUUAUAACAACUUUACGGACUUGCUGGGCCUCCUCUCCAAACUCGGGACGCUGAAGAAGCUCCGGGUCCUUGUGCUGCAGGGCAACCCCCUGGCGCUGAUGCCCAGCUAUCGUGGCUUCAUCAUAGACAGCCUGCCCAAACUCUGUGCCCUGGACGACACCAUCAUCACCCCAGACGAAAGGCACUGGUUCCUGGGCGUGUCCAACAAUCCAGCGCUGCUGCAGGAGGACGUGGAGAUGGUCGUCACGAUUGGCAAGAUCCGAGGAAUCCCCAAUCCCGUAGGCACCGAGGAUGUGGAGAGCAGCCCCGAGUCCCCCAGGAUCACCUACAGCUACUACGUGACGUAUGAGUUUGCCAAAGGUGAAAAAAUCAAUGGCGGCGACGACACCAAGGUCACGGCAUCCCAAAACCCAGUGUCACCUGUGUUGGAUGCAGAAAGCCCACCUGCAGGCCCAGAAGAAGCAGGGGGCAAUGAGGUCAUGGCUCUGGAGGUGCCCGUGAAGUCGGACUUGCCUUCUGAAACAGCGAAUGUUUACUCCACGCUUCGGAAACCCUGGGGUGAGACGGUUGAGUGUGAAUACAAAAAGGAACAUGUCACCAAAGACCUGGUUGCUUUGAAGGCUUAUUUUCUUGCUGGAACCAUCGUGGCAGUGGUGGAAGAAAAGAUUGUCUCUUGGCCUAUCAUUGUUACGCCGGUCGAGACUCCCAGCAAGAAAGGAAAGGGGAAAGCUGAGAAAGGGAAACCGGAAAAAGGGAAAAAGGAGAAAGGGAAAGAAGAGAAGGGCAAAGCGGAGAAGGGGAAGCAAAAAGACGGCGGGAAGGGCAGCGGCAAGAAGAAAAAGAAAGCCCCUUCUCCUGAGUUCCAAAGUGACCCUCCCAUCUUGAAGACCCUGGGCUCUGGCCACGUCGACCUUCAGAGCCUCCUGGCCGGAGAGUCGCAGGUGACAACUGUGUGUGACUUUGGCGUUCUGAUCACGGACCUGAUCCCUCAACCCUCAGCCCUGAAAGAGAAGGAUGGUAAAAAAGGCAAAAAUAAAGAUAAAAAACCCAAAGGUGGAACAGAGAGUGCAUCAAACCGGAAGAGUUCGUUGUCUGCCAAAGGCACAGUAAAAUACGUUGGCUCUUGCAAGCAACUGCUGGCUCUUCCUCUUGUGCCAAGCACAGUAAGGUGCCUCCAAGCCACCGUUGCCCAGUUGCGGGACACCAGCCAGUCUGCUUAUUCCAGCAUGUCUGUUUAUCUCGAAGGGGCUUUCUCAGAGGGCCUCUAUCACCGGGCGCGCGCCGGGGCCGAGCCCACCGUUGCCAUGGCGACCCCGGCCCGGGCCCUGCAGCCGCGCGCCCUUCUGGCCGCUCGCGCGCUCUCCUGGCCGCCGCUCCUGCUCUGCUCUGCUCUCCUCGGGGCGCUGGAGCGAGGAGGAGGCGGGGUCGGCGGCGGCGGCGGGGAGGGGCUGGCUGCCGGGCAGGCGAGCGGAGGAGCGGCGCGCCCACAGUCGCCCCGGCGCCCUUGCAGAGAGGCUGAGCAGGCUGGUGUGACUCCCAGAGUAAUUUCUCCCAGAAUAAUUGCUGCAAGCAAAGAGCUGUAG